UAAGGAAUCCUGAUCAAACAUCGCAACUCAGAAACAAACUGGAAAUGGAACUGAUUCUUCUUUGCUUGGCGGUGUUCUCUACUGCGGUGAAUGCCCAUGUUGGAUCUGGAUACCUAGGUGGACGUGGUGCUGUUCUAGCUCAGUCUGAUCAGCAGGUUCAGAACAGAGAAGAUGCUAGAACUGUUCUAAGCCGACUUCUCAGUAUUGCUGAUGCUGUUGAUGAGCUUGAAGCUGCUGAACAAGAAGCAGCUGAAGCUCGACCCUUCAUGGCCAAACCCCUGUUCAGGGGAAAGAAAGCUACGCUUCAGGCAAUGUGGCCAAAACAGCUGUUUAAAAGGGAGGGAGAGGAUGUUUCUGAAGAAGGAAAGAAGAUAAACAGUGUUGUUCUACCCUGGGAGAUGAAAUACUUCAGUCCUAUGCUAAGAGGAAAAUAAGCAGUUGAAAAAAUGAAGAUUGGGAGAGAAUUUACUAUUUAUGCAACAUAUAAGAAUUGCUGUAAACACUGUUUAAAAUAAAGAGGCCACAUUUAGCUUUAAA